AUGGCAAAGAGAGAGACAGAGGCAGGCGAGGCUGCCGACUCGCAGCUGCAGGAGUUGUAUAAGAUGGGGGCGGAGCUGCAGCAGCAGCAGGAGCUUUUGCUGCAGCAACUCUCAAAGAUAGGGCAGGCCAAACACCGCAGCGUUGUGGGCGUAAAAUCCGCUCAAGCUGCACUUGAAUACAUGGGGGAGGCCCGGCCCGAAGCCUGCGUAUACAAACAAAUUGCCAGGCUGUUUGUGCUGGAGAGUCGCGGGGCCCUGGCGGAGCAGCUGCGGGAGAAGGCGAAGAGCGCCAAAGCCGAAGAGCAGCACCUCGCGGUAUCACCUUCAGCUAGCUAA